AUGUGGAGCUCCCGGACGCCCCAACUUCCCCAGCACGCAUUCCAGAGGCACACUCAGCGCUCAACAUUCCGGAACACUAGAGGCUUCUCAACGUCUAGUUCCCUUUCGCAUGGCCAUAUAACGCCCCCCAAGCCCGGCGAGGAGCUCUAUGUGACCUUUAUCGACAAAGAUGGAACGGAAGUCAAGCUUGCUGUUUGCGAAGGCGACAACCUCCUUGACAUCGCCCAAGCGCACGAUCUCGAAAUGGAAGGCGCCUGUGGAGGCUCUUGCGCAUGCUCUACGUGCCAUGUCAUUGUUUUGGACGAAGAGUACUACGACCGCAUGCCCGAACCCGACGAUGACGAGAACGACAUGCUGGACCUCGCCUUCGGCCUUACCGAGACAAGCAGGCUAGGGUGCCAGGUCAAGAUGACCAAGGAGCUAGACGGUCUCAAAGUCAAGCUCCCGGCCAUGACCCGUAACCUUCAGGCCAGUGACUUCAACUAA